UGGAGACGCCACUUGGUUCAGGUGGUGAACGGGAAUCGGGUCCAAAUGUGGGAAAUGGCAAGUAUGAUAGCUCGCACAUUGAUACCCCUCUAAGGGCUGUUUACUUGUACCUCAAUCUCUACGUCAACGGUCGUCCAUACCAUUGGUCCCUAUCAUACCUAACGGUUUAACACCACAAAACAUAAACAACCGACAAACAUCCACACGCACGCACCAGCACCCUUUGACAGAGGCAUAAUGCUAAAAUCCCAAGUGAUAGCUUCGGCCGCCUCUUCGGAUAACGAGCAAGAUGAGAUUAUGGAAGACCCCGAACAAGAAAAUGACGACGACUCGGACGACGCGGGGGAUGAUGACGAGGACGCUGAGGGUGAAGGUGACCAGGACGAUCAAGCAGAGGGCGAUGAGAAUGAGGCCGAGAACGAAGACGGAGAUGGUGAAGGCGACGGUGAAGGCGACGGUACGCACUCUCCCAGACUGACUCCCACGUCAAGCUCCACUCGAAGCUGUGCCAACUGAACGACCAGAUUCACAGCGGCACCCCCGCUCCCGGUCUACAACCCAGCCUCCGGUUCGCCCGCUCCCAACACUGAGACCAGAAGUGAAGAAUGCGAUCACCUACGAGAUCACACCCUACGUCGCAGCUCCUCAGUCUACGAGCAUAAAUGCCUUUUGCGCUACACCUUGUAUGCGUUGGGUUUUUACGGGGGGCAGUGAUGGCUAUAUAAGGCGAUUCGACUGGUUCGGGAGCAUCAAUGGCAAAGUGCCCUUGACAGUCGCACAGCGCCACCCCUUCGUUGAUAGUGUCACAAGAGCUGGUAUUCUGCUAUCUUAUUGGGAAAACGAAGAACCGAUAGUUGCCGGCAAGCCCCAAGUCCUUCAUGUACCAGAAACGACCGACGACCUGAAAUUAAGUCCAGUCUACAGUCUGGCUGUUCAAAAUCAGAGCCUAUGGCUGCUCAGUGGGCUCGAGAGUGGUGGCAUAAACCUCCAAUCGGUUCGACACGACGAAGGAAAAAUCAUAACUACACUCCGGAAACACAACUCAGCUGUCAGCGUGCUUACACUUGCCAACGAUGAGAAGUCUGUUCUUUCCGGAAGUUGGGACGGAGCAGUCUACGACUGGGAUCUAAAUACAGGCCAAUCCCGGCGAGAAUUUCCCUCUUCGUCAGGGCAGAUAUCAAGUGUAGCCUUUCGACCAAUCUCUACCGAAUGGCAAGAGAUCAGAAACACUUCUUUGAUCAACGGUGUAUCCGGGGGGCGGGACGGGGGUUUAUCCAAUGUGGAAGAGGAUGAGAUGAGUAGAGCUAUUACGAACGGGCUCGGCAGUGAUCCAGUCCCCUUGGGGGAUGGCAGCGAGGACCAAAGAACCAACAAUGGCGAUGCGAUCAUGGCCGACGAUGUCACUAGGAUACAUACCAAUGAGACGUCCGGAACCAGAAACGGUUCCACCAACGGUGGUCUUGGGACUGCUAAUGGCUUCCUUCCACCCACAUCAACUAACGGGCCGCCAUCUUCAACCGACCAGAAUGUGUUCCUAGCAUCUUCCAUGGACGGCACCCUCCGUAUAUGGGAUAUCAGAGAGCCCAACCCUGUAGCGGUUAGCACGCCCUCCAAGGGAGUUCCACCUUGGUGCAUGAACUCCUGCUGGAGCACGAACGGAAACUUUCUCUAUGCAGGACGACGAAACGGCACAGUUGAGGAAUUCAGUGUCUAUAAAGGAAUCGGGGAAGCAACGAGGACCAUGAAGUUCCCAUUGGGGAGUGGCCCAAUAUCUGCAUUGACCGCCUUGCCGAACGGAAGACAUUUAAUUUGUGCAUCAUUUGACAACUUACGGUUAUACGACCUUAGUGAGAAUGCAUCGAAGCAUUCAACUGUACCCUUCUAUAUUAUACCAGGUCACCACGGAGGUGUCAUUUCAUCGUUGUAUGUCGAUGCUACCGGCCAAUACCUAAUAUCAAUUGCCGGAAACCGGGGUUGGGAGGGCGUAACAACGGAAGUCCUUCUAGGUUAUGAAAUUGUAAGCGUGUUAUCGUGACAAGUUUUCCGUCGUGGUGGUAUUGCUCUAUUAUUUAGUCCUUGCGCUGUAUAACAAUAAUGUAACGGAUGGCCGAAUGGUGUAACUCAAUGUCUGUAUUAUAAUCAAGCCAGAAUAUUUUUAAACGUAU